CUAUUAUUAUCAUCAUUAUCAAUAUUUCGUUUCAAAUUCCUACAAUAAAUAUUUAUGAUAUAAUACUCUGAGUAUUGAGUGCAUAGUAUUUGUCUGUGUCCCAGCCAACCAUAACCUAGAGUAGACACCAAUUUCAAUCAUUCAAGAAUUACGACAUCUUUCAGACUUUUAUAGAACAAAGCAUGAAAACAGAUGCCUGUGAAUUCUAUCCUUCAAUAGAUCAUGCAAUCUGCGCUCUUAUUUUCUCCAGAAUAACCAUUUCCUUAUAAAUUCUAUUACAAUAAUCGCAAUAAACAGUAUUUGAACUAACUAACUAGCAUCCUAGUGAUUGAUUUCAUCCAUAAGAAAUCAGCCUUUGCAUUACGUAACAAUUCACCCAAAUCAACAUAAUGUAUGGCUUAUUAUUAGACGGAUUACGUAAUUUCAUUGUAACUAAAUGGUCUUCAGAUGUGUGGGUAGAAAUAUGCAAACAAGGCGGAUCUCCAGAUUUACAAUUUGAAACACGUAAAAUUUAUGAUGAUGCCCUGCUGCCAAGAUUAUUUGAAGUGUGCGCCGCUGUCCUGAAUGAACCAAUAGAUGAUGUAAAAUUUGGUAUGGGUUUAACAUUUGUUGAAUAUGUCGGGAAUAAAGGCUAUCAAGGCAUAUUAAGAGUACUUGGUCGUGAAUUACGCGAUUUUCUUAAUGGUCUGGAUAAUUUACACGAAUUUCUACGAUCAACUUAUCCAAAAAUUAAGCCACCAUCAUUUUUUUGUGUGAAUGAAAGUAAAACCGGCAUUACACUACAGUAUCGUUCACAUCGUCCGGGAUUUGUACCAUUUUUCUGUGGAUGGAUGACAGAAUUAGCCAGAGUUGUAUAUCAAAAAGAAAUGAAUAUUGAAAUUGUUGGACAUAAAGAUCGUGGUCAACAGACUGAAACAAUUCUACGAUUACAUUUUCAAAAUCAUUCAUUUUCAAAUGUUGAAGAAGAAUUACCAGUUCCAGCUAUUGUCUUUUUUGAAGCAUUUCCUUUCAAUUUUGUAUUUAAUCGUGGUAUGAAAUUAUUAAAUAUUGGAAGAAGUAUGGUGAAUGCAUUGCCCAAUAUAGUUGGCAGAAAUGUUACAGAAAUAUUUGAAUUAUCCAGGCCUGUAAUACCAUUUACAUGGGAUGAUGUUAUGCUGCAUACAAACAUCAUAUUCGAGUUAACAAGUAUUGAAGUACGAAGAGAUGAUAGUAUCAAUGGUGAAACGAAGAAUGGAUCAGAGGAAACAGACUCUAAUCGAGGCAAAUUAAAACUUCGAGGUCAAAUGAAAUAUAUGUUUGAAUGGGAUGCCAUAGUUUUUCUUGGCACACCUAUUAUGCGUGAUGUGGAUUCUAUGCUGGAGAUAGGCUUAUAUUUAAACGAUUUAAGUAUGCAUGAUUCUAGUCGUGAUAUGGUAUUGGCUGGUGAACAACAAUCUGCUGAGUUGAAAUUAGCCUUAGAACAAGAAAGUGAAAAGAGUAAGAGAUUAGAAGAAAGUUUAAGAAGAUUAGAUGAAGAAAUGAGAAGAACAGAUGAACUCCUGUAUCAAAUGAUUCCUCGUUCUGUAGCCCAACGACUUAGAGCUGGAGAAGCAGCUGUAGAUACAUGUGAGACGUUCGAAACUGUCACUCUAUUGUUGAGUGAUGUAGUUGGUUUUACAACAAUUUGUAGUGGUCUGGCACCAUUAGAAGUUGUUAAUUUAUUGAAUAAACUCUAUUCAUGUUUUGAUGGACUUACAGAGAAGCAUAAAGUGUAUAAGGUUGAAACAAUUGGUGAUGCUUAUAUGAUAGCUUCAGGUUGUCCAACACGUACAAAUUAUCAUGCUCCAUUUAUUGCUGAAAUGGCUCUUGAUAUGGUUGAAUCUGUUCAGAAUGUCAAAGAUGAAUCGAAGGAUCCACCAGAAAGCUUACGUAUACGCGUAGGUCUUCAUACAGGUCCAGCUGUUGCUGGUGUUGUUGGUGUAAAAAUGCCACGUUAUUGUUUAUUUGGUAGUACAGUGACAACUUCAGAAAUAAUGGAACAAACAAGUUCACCACAAAGAAUACAAGCCAGUAUAAAAACUUAUGAAAAUCUCUCACAGUAUGGGGUAUAUGAUUUAGUAGAGAAAGGAAUAGUUGAAUUAAAGGAUGGCGGUACAAUAUUAACCUACUGGUUAAACGGUAGACGUGAUGGAUCAGAAUGUGAAAAAACAGCGAAAUUCCUAAGUGAAUUAGACGCUGAACGAGAGAAGAUAGCCGAUUCGAAUUUAGCUUCAGCACAACAACGUUCUGGUGAAAGUUGGGAGUCGGUGACAGCUAGUCGGUGUAGUUCAGCUAGAACGCUGGCAUCGAAACGCAGUUCAUUCUGUUUAUCACAACGUGGAAGUUUAGCUGAUCCAGGUUUGGAUAAUAAAGCCAUAGCAAGAAUUAGAAGUUUAGCUCAAGGUAGUGAAAUGAAUAAACGUCCUAGUAUGGCAAGGUAGAUGAAAAGAAGCACAAUAAUCAUAAUAAUAAUAAUGACGAUUAUGAUGAAAUAAUGCAUAAACACAUAAAACUUUCUAGCCACUGUCGACUUAUUUCUUCUCCUAUUUACUCUUUUCAAGUCUAUAUUAUUAUUAUUAUUAUUCUAUUGAUAAUUAUUAAGAAAAGGGAGAGCAUUUCGUGCAGAUGGAUUAAUUCUAUGUAUUUUAUGACACUAAAAUCGUAUAUCUAUGAUUACUUAUCACUAUUGUUACUAACAUUAUGAUUACUACUGUUAUUAUUAUUGUUAUUAGUGUUUAACAGAUUAUUAAUAAAAUUAAAAUAUCACUU